GCAGGGGAAUGGGCCGUUCAAGAACCAGGUCCGGGCUGAGAGGCAGCCCCGCAGCCUGGGACAGCGACUCGGGGACCGGCGCUCACCUGUCCCUGGGCUCCCAGGCCCUCCCGCGGCAGGCCCUGCCGGCUGGGCGAUGUCUUCCUCAGACGAAGAAACGCUCAGUGAGCGGUCUUGCCGGAGCGAGCGGUCCUGCCGGAGCGAGCGGUCUUACAGGAGCGAGAGGUCAGGGAGCCUGUCCCCAUGUCCCCCCGGGGACACCUUACCCUGGAACCUGCCACUGCAUGAGCAGAAGAAGCGGAAGAGCCAGGACUCGGUGCUGGACCCUGCGGAGCGGGCCGUGGUCAGAGUCGCUGAUGAACGGGACCGUGUUCAGAAGAAGACGUUCACCAAGUGGGUCAACAAGCACCUGAUGAAGGUCCGCAAGCACAUCAAUGAUCUUUAUGAAGAUCUGCGGGAUGGCCACAACCUGAUCUCUCUGCUGGAGGUCCUCUCGGGCAUCAAACUGCCCCGGGAGAAGGGCAGGAUGCGUUUUCACAGGCUGCAGAACGUGCAGAUUGCCCUGGACUUCCUAAAGCAGCGGCAGGUGAAACUAGUGAAUAUUCGCAAUGACGACAUCACGGAUGGCAACCCCAAGCUGACCCUGGGCCUGAUCUGGACCAUUAUUUUGCACUUCCAGAUCUCUGACAUCUACAUUAGUGGAGAGUCAGGGGACAUGUCAGCCAAGGAGAAGCUGCUCUUGUGGACCCAGAAGGUGACAGCUGGUUACACAGGAAUCAAAUGUACCAAUUUUUCCUCUUGCUGGAGUGAUGGGAAGAUGUUCAAUGCACUUAUUCACCGGUACAGACCUGAUCUGGUGGAUAUGGAGAGGGUACAAAUCCAAAGUAACCGCGAGAACUUGGAGCAGGCUUUCGAAGUGGCAGAAAGACUGGGGGUCACCCGCUUACUGGACGCCGAAGACGUGGAUGUGCCAUCUCCAGAUGAAAAGUCGGUGAUCACUUACGUGUCUUCAAUUUAUGAUGCCUUCCCUAAAGUCCCUGAGGGUGGAGAAGGAAUCAGUGCUACGGAAGUAGACUCCAGGUGGCAAGAAUACCAAAGCCGAGUGGACUCCCUCAUUCCCUGGAUCAAACAGCAUACAAUACUGAUGUCAGAUAAAUCUUUUCCCCAGAACCCUGUAGAACUAAAGGCACUUUAUAACCAAUAUAUACACUUCAAAGAAACAGAAAUUCUGGCCAAGGAGAGAGAAAAAGGAAGAAUUGAGGAAUUAUAUAAAUUAUUAGAGGUGUGGAUCGAAUUCGGCCGAAUUAAACUGCCUCAAGGUUACCACCCGAAUGACGUGGAGGAAGAGUGGGGAAAGCUCAUCAUUGAGAUGCUGGAGCGAGAGAAGUCGCUUCGCCCAGCUGUGGAGAGGCUGGAAUUGCUGCUACAGAUUGCAAACAAAAUCCAGAAUGGUGCUUUGAACUGUGAAGAGAAGCUGACACUAGCUAAGAAUACACUGCAGGCUGACGCUGCUCACCUGGAAUCGGGACAGCCGGUACAGUGUGAAUCAGAUGUCAUCAUGUACAUUCAGGAAUGUGAAGGUCUCAUUAGGCAGCUGCAGGUGGACCUCCAGAUCCUACGGGAUGAGAAUUACUACCAGCUAGAAGAGCUGGCUUUUAGGGUUAUGCGCCUGCAGGAUGAGCUGGUCACCUUGCGUCUAGAGUGUACAAACUUGUAUCGGAAGGGCCAUUUCACUUCGCUUGAAUUGGCUCCACCCUCUACUUUAACCACUACUCAUCUGAAAGCAGAACCCGUGACCAAGGGAACAUACUCUUCCUCUACCUCCUGGUUCCGAAAGCCCAUGACUCGGGCUGAACUUGUGUCUAUCUCCUCCUCUGAGGAUGAAGGCAAUCUUCGAUUUGUGUAUGAACUACUGUCCUGGGUAGAAGAAAUGCAGAUGAAACUGGAGCGAGCAGAGUGGGGCAAUGACCUGCCUAGUGUGGAGUUGCAGCUGGAAACACAGCAGCACAUCCACACCAAUGUGGAAGAACUGGGCUCAAGUGUCAAAGAGGCCAGGUUGUAUGAGGGAAAAAUGUCCCAAAAUUUCCAUACCAGUUAUGUUGAAACUCUUGGAAAACUGGAGACACAGUAUUGUAAACUGAAGGAAACUUCUAGCUUCCGGAUGAGGCACCUUCAGAGCCUGCAUAAGUUUGUCUCCAGAGCCACCGCUGAGUUGAUCUGGUUGAAUGAGAAGGAAGAGGAGGAACUAGCAUAUGAUUGGAGUGACAACAAUCCCAACAUCUCAGCCAAGAGAAAUUACUUCUCUGAGUUGACAAUGCAACUGGAGGAGAAACAGGAUGUGUUUCGGUCUCUGCAAGAUACAGCAGAGUUGCUGUCACUUGAGAACCACCCAGCCAAGCAGACUGUGGAGGCUUACAGUGCCGCCGCCCAGUCCCAGUUGCAGUGGAUGAAGCAGCUGUGCUUGUGUGUUGAGCAGCAUGUAAAAGAGAAUACUGCUUACUUUCAGUUCUUCAGUGAUGCACGGGACCUGGAGUCAUUUUUGAAGAACCUCCAAGACUCCAUCAAACGAAAAUACUCCUGUGACCACAACACCAGCUUAUCUCGCCUCGAGGACCUGCUCCAGGACUCCAUGGAUGAAAAGGAGCAGCUUAUACAGUCCAAGAGUUCCGUUGCCAGUCUUGUUGGGAGAUCAAAAACCAUUGUUCAGCUAAAGCCACGAAGUCCCGACCACGUGCUGAAGAGCACCAUUUCUGUGAAGGCUGUCUGUGACUACCGGCAGAUAGAGAUCACCAUCUGCAAGAACGAUGAGUGUGUAUUGGAAGAUAAUUCGCAGCGGACCAAGUGGAAGGUGAUCAGCCCCACAGGGAAUGAGGCGAUGGUGCCAUCGGUCUGUUUCCUCAUCCCCUCACCCAAUAAGGAUGCCAUUGAGAUGGCUACCAGGGUGGAGCAGUCUUAUCAGAAAGUGAUGUCCCUUUGGCAUCAGCUACAUGUUAACACCAAAAGCCUUAUCUCCUGGAACUAUCUGAGGAAGGACCUUGACGUUAUAAAGACCUGGAACCUGGAAAAGCUUCGAUCCUCAGCACCAGGGGAGUGCCACCAGGUUAUGAAGAACCUCCAGGCCCACUAUGAAGACUUCCUGCAGGAUAGCCGUGACUCUCUGCUCUUCUCAGUGGCUGAUCGUUUGCGCUUGGAAGAGGAGGUGGAGGCUUGUAAAACCCACUUCCAGCACCUGAUGAAGUCCAUAGAGAAUGAGGACAAAGACGAAACUGUGGCCAAGAUGUACAUUUCAGAGCUGAAGAAUAUCCGACUACACCUGGAGGAGUGUGAACAGCGGCUGGUCAGACGAAUUCAGUCUCCAGCCAGUUCCAGGACUGACAAAGAUGCCCGGCAGGACAAUGCAUUAAGGAUCGCAGAGCAAGAGGCAUGUAAAGAGAGUAAGCCAAAGUCCUCACUUUUGGCUUUUGCUGUACUUCAGGAUAAAAUGCUCUCAGAAAAAGAGAAGGAACAAAUAUCUGAGCAGAUGAAUGCCCUGAAUAAGGCUUACCAUGACCUUUGUGAUGGUUCAGCAAACCAACUUCAGCAACUUCAGAGCCAGUUGGCCCAGCAGACAGAACAAAAGGGUUGCAGAGCAGUUGCUGGGGUGAUUGACCUAGGCACAGUGGAGAUAUUUCCCAUCUUCAAAGCCAUGCAAAAGGGCCUCAUUGACCAAGACACAGGCCUUGUGCUCCUGGAAUCCCAGGUUAUCAUGUCUGGCCUCAUUGCCCCUGAGACCAGUGAAAAGCUCACUCUGGAGGAAGGUCUAGCCAGAAACCUCAUUAACCCCCAGAUGUACCAGCAGUUCCAAGAGCUACAGGAUGCCCUGUCCUUAAUAAGCAGGCUUCCUGAGAGCAAAGGCCUUCUUUCGGUGGUGGAAGCAAUUGAAAAGAAAAUAAUCAGUGAGAGAGUUGGACUGAAAGUCUUAGAAGUUCACCUGGCAACUGGAGGUUUCAGUCUCCCCCCUAAUAAAAGCUGCGUCAACCUAGAGGAGGCUUUUCACCAAGGCCUCAUUUCUGCAAGGCUUCACUCACUGUUAGAGUCUUACCUGAAAUCAUCCAAGAAUUUGAUAGACCCCAACACAGCUGAGAAAGUCAGUUUGCUGGACCUGAUGCAGAGAUGUAUUGUCCACCAGGACUCAGGGUUGAAACUUCUGCCUGUCAAGCAGCUGGCAGGGGGAAUGGUGAGCUUGAAGUCAGGCCGGAAGGUUAGCAUUUUCCGUGCAGUUCAGGAAGGCCUAAUAGACAGACAGGUCACUGUCCGGCUGCUGGAAGCUCAGCUUUUUGCUGGUGGCAUAGUGGAUCCAAGAACAGGGCAUAGGCUUACUGUGGAAGAGGCUGUAAGACAUAAUUUAAUUGACCAAGAUAUGGCCUGUGCUAUUCUCAUAAGGCAGCUUCAGACAGGAGGCAUCAUAGACACCGUCACUGGACAUAGGCUGACAAUAGAUGAAGCAGUGAACAAUGAUCUGGUAGCUCCUAAGAUUGCCCUUGUGAUUCUGGAGUCUCUUUGGUCAUUCAUGGGCUUGCUGUGGCCUGAAUCUGGAGAAAUCCUCCCAAUCACAGAUGCCCUGGAACAAGGUAUUGUGUCUACGGAACUAGCUCAUAAAAUCCUUAGUGGCCGACAGCAUAUUAAAGCUCUGUUUCUACCAGCAAGCACAGAGGUUUGGUCCUGGAAAAAAGCAGUAGAAGAUGGUAUGUUGGAUAAAGAUCUUGUCAAUAACUUAAAAUCAAUUUGCAUACCUGAUGUGAUGCCCCACAUGCAAUUGGCAGAUUCUUCAGAACGAUGCAAAUUGAACAUUAAUCCUGGAGCAGUAGGUCUGCCACGGAGCCAGAGCCGAACUGAGGGCAUAGUAAGCCCUAGCGAGAAGCUGUUGUUUCAGCUGAUGACUCACAGCUAUAUCAAUGUGCGAGAUGGACAGAGGCUGCUCCUUUUAGACAACGAGCUGAUGGAGACACUGACAGCAAGAGGUGAAUAUCAAGCAAGCCCUCCAGAAGUGUUGGAAGUUGGGCAUCAGAGACUAGAAACUCCUGAGGAAUUACAAGAAUCAGUGAAUGUCAAAACCACAGAAACUUUCUGUGAUGGGCUGAAUGUAAGGCCAUGUGAGUUCCAGCUUUCUUUUCAGAGUGAAGAAUAUCCUAAUCAGGCAGAUUGCACUGAAGCAAAAGGCAAAAGGACCACUGUAGAAAUUGAAGCUUCCACUAUGGAGAACCCUGAGAGAGACCUGUUUGUGGGGGAACAAAAAGUGAGAGAUCCAAAUGUUGAUACUUUGAUGGUCACAGAUACAGGCAAAUCAGAGUUAAAAGGGCAAUUGCUAGGCACCAAAAAGGAAGAACUAACAGGAAUGUCCACCAGAGAAAAUGUUAGCAGGGGAUUUCUCCUUAUGGUACCCACUGAGGAAGCUGAAGAUGUGACCUUGGUGGCAAGCAAAGAUCCUUUUCCUGUCGAGACACUGAGGGAAGAAUGGCAGACUCCCGGAAAGACUUCUUUUCUGUGUCAGACAGCACGAGCAAACACACCUGAAACUGGAGGGCCACUCAUAAAACCCCAAAGCAAAAGGUCACAAUUUCAGGUAAAGAAUACUCUAGAUUUAGAAUCAGAACUAAGGUCUGAAAAUGACAUGAAUAUUCAUACUCUAGACAAAAAGAAAAGCUUAAAUAAAACAUUUUCGGAUAGGGAUGACCAUAAACAAAAUCCAGAAGGACACAACACUGUAGGCGGUAGUGUGAUGACUUUAGGAAAGACAGAUGUGGAAGACAGUGGUCAUGAAACCUCCCUGUCAUACAGUCAUCCUUCAGAAUUGCUCCAAGAAGCUACCUUAAAUACAUUAUCUGCACAAUUACUAGAUGGUGGUAUCAUUCACGAGCAAACAGGUCAGAAGCUCUUACUAAAUGAAGCAAUAGCCCGAGGUAUUGUGCCCAGUCACACUGCUGUGAAACUUAUGGGAAAACUGAACAUGUUCCGGGGCUUCUUUGACUCUCAGACCUGCGAGUCUUUGACCACUGAAGAGGUCAUUGAUGAAGGUCUGAUGGAUGAGAAAUUAUUACAUAAUGUCCUCAUGGCAGACAAAGCCAUAAGUGGCGUCUUGGACCCCCGUACCCACACACUCUGCUCUGUGAAGGAAGCAGUUACAGUUGGACUUCUUGACACACAAACAGCCUCCAGAAUUUUAGAGGGGCAGGUGGUGACUGGUGGAAUUGUUGACCUGAAACGAGGCAAAAAGGUUUCGGUAACUCUGGCCUCAAAUCUUGGCUUGGUAGACAGUGCUGACCAGACAGAACUUAUAAAUCUGGAGAAAGCCUCCAAAGGCAGAGAUGCUGAGAAAACAGUUAGGGAGAGAUUUAUUAGCUUACAAAUGGAAACAACUGGAAUUAUGGACCCUGAUAGCAGAGCUCCUUUAACAAUCAUGCAGUCCAUUGACAGAGGACUUCUGGAGAGAGAGGAGGCUGUUCAGUUGUUGACUAAGCAGGUGGUAGAUGGAGGUAUCAUUCACCAUAUAUCUGGAAUGAGACUUUCUGUUGAUAAUGCCUUUGAACAUGGCAUCAUUGAUGAAGAUUUAGCCAAGCAACUCAAAAAGGUUGAGAACGUAAGCCUCUGUCAGUUUUUUCACCCUGAAACCAAGGACACUGUUUCCCUUCCUGAAGCCAUAAAAUUAGAUCUUCUUACCCCAGACUUGAAAAGAGAAAUCCAAGAAAUACAGGCUUUGACUGGAAGCUUUGUGGAUCUCAUUUCUGGCCAGAGAUUGACCUUGGCAGAAGCUGAAAAAGAAGGACUGUUAACUACUAAUAAAGCAAUAUUGUCUUCAGGAAUGAUGCAUGGGAUUAUAGAUCCUGAAAGUUACAGAAUUGUUCCUUAUUCAGAAUUAGUAAAGAAAUGUAAGAUUGAUAUUGAAUCUGGACAGAGAUAUCUAGAAGUAAUUCCCUUCUCAGACAUUAAAGAUGAAACAAGUGACAAAGUGCUUACGUUAUCCCAAGCAGCUCAGCUUAGAAAAGUGGACUUUAUAUCUACACUGAAGGUUCUGGAAGCUCAGGCAAAUACCGGGGGAAUCAUAGAUACUGCCACGGGGAAAAGACUGACAUUGGCAUCAGCUUUGGAACAGAAAUUAGUAGAUGAAAACAUGGUAAGAAUUAUUGCAACUCAUCAGGUAUUAAAUGGAGGAAUUGUUGACAUAUUUAAUGAUCAGAGAGUGACUCUAAAGGAAGCUGUUGAGAAAGGAUUUAUCAGCCCUGAACUGGCAACUAUGAUCCAGGUAGAUACUUUAGAGUCCUGCGAUCAUGGGGCUCAGAUUGAAAAGCAAGAUGGGAUUGAAGUAUGUGAAAUAGAGAAGGAAUUUCUAAGAAAGGAAACGUUAGUUGCUUGCAAUCAGACAGCUGGAAUGAGUUAUGGUAAAGGAGCAAGUGAGAAAUUAUUUGAGAUUGGAAGUCAGUCUGCACAAGGAAAGGUUAAAACAAGAGUUUCUGACGGGGGGCAGGCCAAAAAGAGCAGGGAAAUUUCAUUAAAAGAAUUGGAAUACAAGGAUCAAGAUAAAAGGAGAACUUCUCCAGAUGCUGAAGAAUCUGUCAGUAUCAGCAUUCCUGGUGAUCAUAAAGAUACAUCGUUGGGCCAAGGUUCAGUGAUACUCUCUCACCCAGAAAGUCAUGAUUUUAAACUCAAAGAAGCGGCUAGGGAUGACUUGGAAAAAAACACAAACGAAGAGCAGGAAAACAUAGAGGCACAAAUGGAAAUUACUUCUCAUAUGAAACAGUCUAUAUCAGGUCCAGAUCCUAAAGAAAUAAGAGAAAGCCAAGGAAGAAUUAUUUCAGAAGUGCAAGAAUCAGAUUAUGAAACUUCAGGCAAAUUGCUGAGUGAGCAGGUUAUGCAGAAACCAAUGAAUACCAGGGAGAAAAGGAAGAGGGAGAAGAGGGAGGUGAUUAUAGAAGAAAGUGUCAAAACACGCAAACCAGUUCUUUCUGAAGAAAAGUUGAAUCAAGAAACCACCAUUGGAGCUGACCAGGGAUCCAAUGUAGAGACUCCACCUGUGGAAAUAAGCAUAAAUGAAAAGGGAGAAGAAGCUGGUAAAGAACUGGGAUUUAUUUGUAAAGCUGAAAACUCUUCCCCAGUGAUACCCAGAGGAAUUUCUGUAAAUCAGGAUGUUUUAACAUUCUUCAAACCUAAUCAGGUCCAUGAAGGAGAAGUAAAAAAUUUAAGCCUCUCAACUUUAAAACCGGAAGAAAAUUUAUCUCAAAUUACUGGUGGGGCCCAGAGUGAACCAUUCUCUUCUACAGCCCCAAGACCUGAAGGAUUAUACUACCAGGAAUCAGUUGGAAAGGCCCAAGUUGCAGGCAGGUCCCAAAUUUCUGAAUCAAACAAACCUUUCCAAGGAACCAUCAGACCGGAGACCAACUCUUGUCAAGAUUCCUGUGUUACUUUUAAGACCAAAGAAACCAAAGAUCUGAUUUGCUCAUCUAAUGAAUAUAAAGAAAGAUCAUACCAGGAAAUACCUUUUGACUCAACAAGAAUUCUUAAAUUAGAAGAAACUACAGUUUCUACAGUAGACCCAGAAGAAGUCAGUUAUCUGGAAUUCUCAGACAGAAAGAACUUUCAUCAUCAGGACAGCAGAAGUGAUAGUGAAAUUUGUGGAAUUCUCACAUCUAAAAUAACAACUCAGGAAAUGACUGGAGACACAUUUCUAGAAAUGUCAAACCCUAUAGUUACAGAUGUCGAAGCAGCAUCUUCUAAAGGCAUGGUGACUCAGGAUGUUCCCAGGGUCUUAGCAUCCCUUCUUUCGGAGAAACUGUUCAAAGAUGGGUCUCAAAAAGAGAGGGCAGAACAACAGGAUGCCACCAUUAGUCCCCCUAUUCCAGAGACCAGUGAAGAAAAGCCAAUGCCGCUCAAAUACCCUACAAUAAAGAUGGAUGAGAAGACACCACAGGAAAAGCUCAGAGAAAGUCCUGGUGGUGAACAGAUUCCCUUCAUGACUACAGCUGGGGGAAGGGGAAAUGAAGGUGUAAACCCAGAGCCCUCCAGAACAACUAAA